AUGUGGCCCGCAAAGAAAACCUUGGGUACGCGGUUGACAUACGGCCUCCACGGCCCGCCCGUGAUGUUGCCGGCGCCCGUUCCCGCGGGCUCCGAGGCGGGCCGGCCAGUCGUGCACCCUCGACUACCUGAUCUGGGCCCGAAGUUCCACGAGAUCGUCCAUUCGGCCGUGGAAAUCUCACCCGAAGCAUCACCAACUCAUGUCCGCCUACGACGUGUGGAGCCCGCCUUGCUGGCCAAUCUCCACGACGAACUUGCCGCCCCGACGCCGCUUCUUGAUGCCGCCGACGCCGCGGCAGAACCGUUCCAUCAGCCCCAAGCCCAAUACCCGAUCAAAGGCCCGCUUGCCGCCUCGCUCUUCCUCGGCACGGGGGCCUACUCGGAGCCCGUCAUUCUUGGAGGUAGGCCCUACUAUCCCAAGGCAAAAAACAGUGUGGUUUCGGUGCGCUGCCUAGCCUUCGCCAGCAGUGCUUAUACGCUCAAGGUAGUCCCCUUGAUGCCCAAAAGGAAGAACUUCUUCGAUAGAAAGAACCCCCAGAACUCACAGAAGGCCCUAUUCCGCAUCCCACAUAUCUCCGAGCAUGCCGUUGAGUGCACGUUCCCCUUUGAAAUCCUCCAGAUCGAAGCGUGCCUGGACAAUAAGGUUCUCCUAGCACGCGGACUCCAGCACAUCGCAGUUCUCACCAUCAGCUGGUCCAACGACCCCGGCGAAAAACGAGUCCGCCUAAAAAAUGCAUUCACUAUUUCCCAUCAUGGCGGCAACAUCGUGCACCUGGCCCUUGGUCACGAAAGACUUGUGUUCCUAGACUCCGAAGGUACAUACUCUGCAUACUCUUUCGGGCUCCGGGAAGUUUGGGAGUACCAAAAAACCGCCGGCGGCAAGGUGCCUAACUUUGAUCCGAGCGAUACGUCCGCAUGGAGACGGCUCUGCUGGCCAUCCGCAUCUGAAUACAUGUACUAUUUCACUCGCAAGAGCGUCGCCCGGGUCCACAUCAAAACAGCCGUUGCACGCAAACUCAUCACCUUUCAUGUAUGGCUGCGAGCGCAGGACUUCACGAUCUUCGGAUCUGACUUGUUUCUCCUCACCUCGCAAGAAAUUGUGUGGGUGCGCCUCACGAAGAACGGCGGGUUUUCACGGCUCCUAUCCUGGAAACACUAUCUCGAUAACAAAGAUAAAACACUCAAAAUGACUGCAUGCUACUGCAAGACUGGUGACAUGUAUGUGUGUUUGGUAUAUUCAUCGAUCACCCCUUUGGCGGUCAUGUAUACCUUCGGUACCCGCAACGAAUACCCCAGCAUUCUCAGGGAUCCGUACAUUUUCUGCCGUGACUUGAAAGAUACCAUGUAUCUCUUCUUAAUGGAGACCCCGAGCAUUCUGUGUUCGCAAAGCCCUAUUUUGGCGUUAGCAGAAAUGACCAACCAAUACCGGCUGACAUAUAAGCUCUAUUCAAGCCAACCACACCGUGAAUUCCGGAUACAUAAUCAAGAGCCAACGAGACAUCCCAUGCUUGAGACCUGGUCUUCCAAACUUCACCCGCUGGAGGCAAAAUGGUUGUUUCAGUUAUUCGACGGCAAAGUGCUGAAUGCCAAACCGUCGCCUGAAACGACGCCUCUCCUUGCAUAUGAAGAUCGCCAGGGCCAACGCUUUCUCCCAGAAAAUGAAGAAACGGCUGGAUUUUCCUCCCAUAGCCCAUCACUCAACUCAAACAAAGUCGCAGAUACAAAUGACGAAAAAGAAGUCAACAUUGUACAAGACUACGCCUUCAAACUAGGUGCAGAUAUCCGACAGUUUUUUUACCCCGAAAACCAGCUGCCCGCAGAAGCGAUCACUUUAACAGCCCACCGUUCUUUAGCAACGAUUGCAGAGGCAGUACCCUUGGAAGUGAACGACCUUGAAGAAUUUGAAUCCAUGUUGACACAACUUGGCGAAUACUAUGCCUCGCAAGGUUUGACUCUUCUUCCUUUUGCCUCCGAGGCCCUUGGAUGCUGUGGCACGGCGUUCUUACAUAUAGAUCAUUUGAUUCAGGAGAUCACACGGGCCAUGGGCGAAUUUGCCCCAGAAGGUGUGCCAAAAGCGGCUGCGAUUCUCGCGACCAGUUUGAUAAAAGCACACGGUGAUUUUCCUGUGAACUACAUUGACUGUAUCGACGAGGAAACGGAAGGCUUUCCAGAUCAGCUCCUAGAUACUCUUGGGGAAUGGGAGGUCGCGCUGCCAUCGUCUGCGCAAAAUGGCAAAACGCACCAUCUGUUACCCAAAUCAAGUGGUUCCAGGCGUGAUGGCAUCUCUCAAAGCCAAAGUCUACUUCGGCGUGCUCUCACUCAGAAUUCACAGCGAGAAGAGGUGACUCCACUUUCGGACCCGAAGUGGAGUUCAGACUCAGAUUCAGACAAUCUGGUAGAUUCACGCUCCGAUGCAGAAUCUUCGAACUCUCCAGCACCAUCUCAACGUCCUUCUACUGAAAGCCAACCCAGUGUACAACUCUCGCUGCCUCCAUCUACUCUUUUGAUGGCUGACCACGAGCCAGAUUUUCCCUCCUUAAGCCAACCGAAGAGCGAGCCGCAGAUCCAACACAGCCAGCGUCUGCCAGAUGGCAAGCCCAAAAAGACAUCUAAAAGCCAGCCCUCUUCUCAAUCUUCGCUGUCGCUCAAACGACCAGGGUCGCAGUCUCUGCUUAUUAGAAAAAAGAAGAAGACCAAAGGAGGUUUUGCUUGA